CCGGCGGCUCUGCUAUCAAUUCGCACAGCAAACAAUACAAAAUAAUAGGAACACAAUAUUGACUGUCAACGUCCUCGUCCAGUAAUCAGAAUUAUAUAUUGUUUUCUUAGUAUUAAAACGCAAACAGAAUGUUUCACAAAAAAUUCGACAAACAGUUGAUGGGGUUGCUAAUGGUUCUACUGGUCGCAUGUCUUUCGAUCUGCAGCGUCCAAGGCAGACCAUCAGAAACAAUGACUACAACAGAAGCAAAAAAGCAGCUACCCGUUGAUCCCAGCGAUUAUCCUGGCAAUCUGCCGCCAGAGACCAUACUGAAGGUGCAGCAAUGUGAAAUGGAUCAGACAACCAUGGAGCUGUGCAUGAGAUGCGCCAAGGUGACCAAAUCGGAGAUCAUCUAUCCGAUGUGCUGCAACAAUGAUGAUAGUGUCAAGGACUGGUGUCACGCCUACGUCUACUAUGGCAAUGAUGAAGGCUAUUAACUCAUUGAUUCUCAUUGUUGGUCUCCAGCUGGGAGACUUACUGGCUGAACUCUAAUUUAAAAAUCAAUAUCCUGGUAUACUGCAAACAAACAAAAAAAAAACGCUGUGGGUCUAUUGGCUGUGAUAUUAUUAUUUGUAUACUUAAAUUAUUUGUAAUUAGAAAUAGGCAACAAGAAAUUCGAAAUUACGUUUUUCGAAAUGGAAUACAAAUUAUUUAUUUUAUUUUUACGUUUAUGAAUCAAUAACGCAUAUCAAAAAGCCUUGAAAUAUUCUUUUCUGCUAAUCAAAUAAAAUACACAAGUAAAUACUUU